GAUAUCAUAGAACACUGCUCAAUGUUGUCAGCUGUUGCCGUUUCAAAUAUCACUGUGGCGCUGUCAAAUGACAUAAGUAUCAAGUUAGUUGUGGGAAUUUCGGCUUGACGGAUUGAAAUUUUCGCUUUCGUUACUGCAAAUGCGAGCCUUUUCGUCACAGAAAAGGAAGAACCAUGGAACAGCCAAAUCAAACAAGAAUGGGUCGAGAUAUUGCCAUUUCAUGGCCAGAAAUAAUCCGGUGGGCUAAGAAACAGAGUUCAACUGCAUGUCUGCGCAUGGCACAAAAAAUAGAAAGAAUUGCUACUCACUACCAUAUUGCUGAGGCAUUAGAUGAUCUAGUGGCAUGUGCAGCACAAAAUCCGCUUAUAGCACUUUUCAUUAUUGCUGUAAUAGCAUCAUGUGGACUACCAGUUUUGAUAUUCUUGUUGUUUGUAAUUAUCUCGUUCCUUAUUACAUUCACGGGAUUUGUUUUUAUUGAAGGAACAAUUCUUGCAAUAGGAUCAGCACUAUUCUGCGCAUUCAUAUUCAGUGCACUGACUACACUGGCAGUUACAGCUUCAGUAAUUGCUUUAAUGUAUUUGGGAUUAAAUGAAGCAUAUGAUUAUCUUCAGACAAAUCUCUCCAACAUUCAACAUUCUGAAGCCAACAUUCAGGAUGCUCGAGUGACAUCAAAUGAGGAGAGGAACUGAAUAUAAAAAUUAAUUUUGUAUUCGGCACCAAUUUAACUUGUUAAUCAUGCAAUAAUAGCCAGAGCAAAAUGCAGAACAGAAAGGAAGAGAUAUUGCCUAUGAAGUUUUUUACAAUGUAUGUUUAAACAUUUCUGCUGCUAGUGUCUGACAUUUUUACUUUGUAUUUAGGAUAAGUGAGGAUUCUGUAAUUCUUGCAAGAAAAUGGUUCCUUUAGAACUUAAAUAAUUCCUCGGGUGUCCAACAAGCCAUUGUUUUCUUCUUUUAUAACUGAAACAGCAUUGAAGAGACUCUGCUUUGUGUGAACUGAAGAUCAGAAUAUUAUGUGAAUAUUCAGAUGUUAUUGGUAUUGCCAUGUUUUCCAAGCAAAUAAUUUUUUAUUGUGAAAUUUAAUUCCCAAUCCGUAACUUAAAGGCACAAUGACAUCUUAGUGAUUUGAUUUACUUGUGAGUCGUUUAUACCAGUACCAUAAGAGUAUACCAUUAUCACUGAAACAUAACAACACUAUUAACCGGAUAAAGUAAGAAAUAAAAUGUAAUUACUAUA